AUGGCAAGAUACUCCAACUACCGGUCCCCAGACAAAUUCAAGAAAGGGUUGUACGAGGCCUUCCAGGCGAUUACGACCCCGGGGACAUAUGCGGCGUGGGAGGAGCUUGCGACGACACCGCCGGCCGGCCUGCAUGUCGAUGGAGUGGGAGACAUCGCGAUGCCUCUCGCCGAAAAACGCGUUCGCGAGCUGAUCGCCAACGCCCAUCAGGCUCCCUACGGCCGUCGAAGCGAGACCCUCGUCGAUCUGUCCGUCCGCAACACUUGGGAAAUCGAUGGCGCUCGGUUGCGGUUCCUCGAUCCCGCUUGGAAACGGUACUUGAAGAGUUUGGCGAAGCGCGUCGCCGUCCUCCUUGGCGUCGAUGGUCGGAUUCGAGCGGAUUUGUACAAGUUGCUCAUUUAUGAGAAGGGGGCCAUGUUCAAGUCACACACCGAUACUGAACGGACUCCGGGUAUGUUUGGAACACUGGUGAUCUGUUUACCAUCGGCGCACGCGGGCGGUGAAGUGGUUGUGAAGCACAACGGCCAAACCAAGACAUUGAGAACAUCGGACGCAACACAGUCAUUUGCUUGCUGGUACUCCGACGUGACUCACGAGGUUCUGCCCGUCAAAUCCGGCUAUCGAUGCGUCUUGACCUACAACCUGGUCACCCAGCCGGAUCGACCACGACCAAAAGCAAGUGUAGUUGAAUCGCAAAAAGACCCCCUGCGGAAAAUGCUUGGAUCCUGGCUUGAAGACUUGGCUGCAAACAGCUCAACCCCCAGCUAUCUCUAUCAUACUUUGGAACAUUCAUACACUGAAGCAUCCAUGUCCCUCGAAGCACUCAAGGCUCAGGACUUUGCACGGGUACAGGCAUUGCAAGACCUUGCGAACGAGCUGCCGUUUCAAAUCUACUUGGCAUUAGUAGAGAGAAUGGAACAAGGAGACACUGAGGUCCCAUUUCCUAGAAAACGUCAUCGAUGUGUGUCUAAAUUUGAGUCUGUGGAAACUGAAGACGAAGACGUGGACUGCCCUUUCUUUCAGGUGGAUCUCGAAUGGGAUCGUCAGGUCAAGUCACUCCACAAACUCGAUGGCAUAAUUGUGGCCAGGGACUACCACUUGAAUGUUAAUAAUUUUGUCGAGGAGGAUCCCUUCAGAUGUGUGGAUGGCACUGAAGACAAUUACAAACCUUACCAAGGCAAUUGGGGUCCUUCUGGAAGUCCUGCCAUCCACUGGUUUCGACGGUCAGCUUUUGUUAUCUUACCGCGUCAAAGUCUUGGCAAUUAUCUAGCCGAAUGCUGUGGCAGAGAUCAAUAUUCCACCCCUCUCAACAUGCCGGUCACUUUUUUUGACUGGGCAGAGGAAUGGCUAAACACACUCCCAGAGGCGGAGCGUGCUGAGAAGUAUCGGACGUGGAUCCCGUCAAUCAUUCACCGCCAUCAGUCCGUGGCUGAUCGCAUUGACUUUGUCAAAAGGAUAUCAAAUUUCAUUAACAAUUCUGCUUUGCCCGCUCGAUCAUUCCCAGAUAAGUCCUGGGCAGAUGGUGUGGUACAUGAUAUAAUCAAGAACUUGCUUAAGGUCACAACCAAGGGCUCUGCUGUUCCCAACGCAGCAGAUGGCAAUGCAAUUGUGUCUGCCAUCUUCCAACUCGAUGAGACAUGGCCUGCCAAAUUGGAACUUAUCACAACGCUUUUUGAGGCCUUCCCACAAUCUCAAGCCGUUGGAUUUUUACUCGGUUUGCUAUCUCAAUUGAAGACUCUUGGAACUGCACCACAACUCCCAAUUCCCGACACUACGGAACUCCGCAGAAGGCUCAGCUUGCGCCUAUUUAACAACGAGAGAACGCCUUCGACUAUCAUUACUCACUCAUCCAAGCGGGGUGGGGAAAAACAAAUAGUGGUCACUCCCCAGGCUAUGGUUGAGUUUGCAUGCGACCUCCACGACUUGAGCACGGAUACCAACAAUUUACUGGAGUUGUUUAUCCUGCAAAUCAAGGACCAUUGUCCCAAGUUCCCAGGCGAAGGGAUCCGCAAGGCCUGGAUCCCAUUCCUCUGCCAACUGAUCCCCGCUCUGGUUUCCCGAUCAAUCUCAAUCAACACGCCACCAUAUCAGCAGCUUGCACGGAAACUUGUCAAGUACGGGGUCAAGAAACUCGGGCCAUGUCCGCAACCGGACCCCAACACCCCACGGCCACGGAUUCGAUGUCCAUGCAGCGACUGUGUAUCUCUCAAACGAUUCCUCCGCGACCCAAACCAAGUUGUGGGUCGCUUCCAACUCCCUCAAGCACGACGUAAUCAUAUCUACGAGAGUCUGGACGAGCCCGGGUUCGACUGCAUUCGCAAAACUGAACACAUCGGCAGACCUCAUACCCUCAUCGUCACCAAGCGUCUCACCCUGGAAAAUAAGAUCAAGGAUUGGAAGGAUCUCCGGUUCGAGAUCUAUGGGCCUCUUGCUAAAAACAUCCAGCCUGAACUCCUUGAAGCUCUACUCGGAGUCCAAGGAGCUGCCGUGGUGCAGUCAUUAGGAGGGAUACAACCAGCACCUGCUGUGUCUACAACUCGUGCCAAUUGA